GAUGGCGGCGGCCGUGGCGAGCCUACGUGGGCGCGGGGCCGCGGACACGGACACAGACACGGACAGCGGUUCUGAUUUAAGCUCAGAACUUCCAGAAGACAGCUACUCUUCAGGAGGUGAAGCCCUGGAUGGUGAUGAUGAAGAUGAAGGAGCAGCCCCUGGCAAUGUGGCUGAAGAGGCAACAAGCUCCAAAGAUGGCCAGAGUUCAGGAUGGGCAGAUGCCAUGGCAAAAGUGCUCAACAAAAAGAUUCCACAGAAUAAGUCCACCAUCUUGGCCAAGAAUAAAAGCCUGGAGAAGGAGAGAGAGAGAAGAAAACAAGAAAGGCUAGAAAAGAAGAUGAGGCUCGAUAAAAAGCGGGAAUGGGAAAUGAUGUGCCGAGUGAAGCCAGAUGUUGUCAAAGACCGAGAGAAGGAAAGAAAUCUUCAGAGAAUUGCCACAAGAGGUGUUGUACAAUUAUUCAAUGCUGUCAGGACACAUCAGAAAAACAUGGAAGAACAGAUGAAGAAACUUGGGAGCUCUGAGAGGAAGCGUGCUAAACUGAUGUCUUCUGUUUCAAAGAGAGAUUUCAUUGAUGUUUUAAGAAACGUGGACGGGGCUAAAGGAGGCAAGAAUCUUGCUGGAAAGGCCACAAAAAGUAAACAGGGUGAAGUGAAGUCCGAAGAGGGGCCAGAAUGGAAUAUACUGCGUGAUGACUUCAUGAUGGGAGCAUCUAUGAAGGACUGGGACAAGGAAAGCGAUGGAGAGGGCAACAGUGAAGAAGGAGGUGGUCUGAAACAAGAAGAUGACAGUGACUGAAUGAAACUGAAAACCAUUCAAGAUAAUGUUUUAUCUUGUUAAGUUUCCUUGGAUAAAAAGUCAGCAUUCUGUGAAUGUACAACACUUGGAGGAUAACUCUUUUAAAAAAAAAAAAAAAAAAAAAGACUUACACAACCUUGGAGUGUUUUCUCCUCCAUGUCAAACUUUUAUUUAAUAUAGCUCCAUUUGCUAUACUGAAAUCCUGAAAUAUUUUCCAAAACAAGUAUAAUUUUCAACAUAUUUCCAAAACAUUUUGUACAGUCAAAAUAGUGGCACUUGCCCAAUGAAAGAUAGAUUUUGCCAAGGUCAUUAAAAGUUUAUACAUUAGUCAUGGCAAUUGAUGUAUUAGUGUGCCUGCAUUUCCAAAUCACUGCUGCACUUUGAAAAGUUGUUGCAAUUUGCAAUAGAAAUGGCUUACAAUAAACACAGAAAUGCCGUCACCUUGUAAAGUUAUCAGACUCCUAUAGAGUCUUUACUACUUGGGCCAGAAAAGGUUCUGUAGAUAAUAAAAGAAAGUAACCAUUAAUGUGAUAGUUCUGGUCUUGGAGCAUUAGUUUGAUUGGAGACAACUCUGGAAACAGAAUUGUAAAGGGAGAGUUUUGACCCUACUAAUAGGGUUUAGUAUAUAUAUAUGUAUAUAUAUAUAUGGUUUUUCCAUGGCAAGUCUGAGGUUGUAUAAGCUAAGAGUCUGGUAGGAGAGAAAAGGACAUUCAUUGCCAUUGGUGUCAUUGGGGAGGGAGAGUUUUUCCAGCAAUACCACAGAAAAUUGUGUUCAGUGUUGCUUCAUUUGCAGUUGUGGUGUUCUGGCGUUUUUCAGUGAGGAGCCAGCACUCUGAGAUUCAUCCCUUGGGUUUAGUCAGCUCUAAUGCUAAUUCCUCAGGUCUGCAAAGGGUCAAACCAGAACCUCCCUCUUAGGUGUGGGCCAUGACAGUAACAAAUUUGGAAGCCAUCUCUCAGGGUAACACAAUUGCCUUUGUUUAAGCUAUAGCAAUUUCUCCUCACUAGUUGCUGGUUGCAGGGGUGCAGAAGCUAACACACAUAAUAAGAACAUUUUUUGUAAGCACAUGCAUACAGAAGGAAUUAUGUGGUGAUAGGGUGUUCUAAAUGAGAGGCUGGGGUUGAAUUCUGCUGCCUUUGCUAUUCCAGGCUGACUGUGAUGCUGUGUCAUUUGUUUAACUUUGCUAUCACAUUUCCCCAUUUGCUAUGUGAAGAAAAAACCUUGGGGCCUAUUAAUUGAUAAUUAUAAUACAUGGUACUGUUUUGUCCAUUUCUACAGAUGCCUUACAGACAAACUUUUCUUUGUACCUGCUUACAGGCAAGAUAUGAUUAGGAGCAACUUUGAAAUUUUCAGUCUUCAUCAUGGAAAUGUGCAGUAGGAUUUAGAUUUUCCUAACAAAGGCAUUUGAUUGAACUUUGUGUGUACUGCAGGAUAAAAAAUACAGUUACAAAAUGGCAGAAAAGCCCAUCCCAACAACUGGCAAUCAUUGUUUUAUCCCUAGCCUAUUCAUCUGGUAUAUAUUGUAGUGUAAUUCUUCUAGGAGAACUCAAAGCUAACAGCAGAAAUGUUUAUAUUUUCAAGCUGUUUUGAGUGUUAAACAUAUUAGAUAUCUGAGGAGACAUUAUUUUGUGGCCUGAUAUUUAUUAUCACAAAUGAAGACAUACACCCAAAAUACCAAGUGGCAAAACCACAGAAGUUUGACAUAUGGUUAUCCUGGCUUCUGAAGGCUCAACAUCUGUACAGCUGUGCAGUGAGAGUCACCAUCUCAUCAGUGCAGUGCAACAACGUGCUGCAGUGGGGUUUGAAGCAUGCAUAUGCUUCAUGAACCAGCAUAGCAUUCUAACCUGACACUGCUUUCUCUCCACAGAGUUCAGCUGCUUUCUGUGGAAAAAUUACAUCAGCACCCUUAAAUCUACAGUUGUUCUCUAGUUUCAUAUCAGCAGGUUUCUUUCCAUAAUCAAACUCCUGGAAAAUAAUCUAAGUUUUCCUUAGGAACUGUGACAUCCUGAGGUGAUUAUUAAAAAUUUCAGAAGGCUUUCCAAAUGCUUUUAGAAUACUUGGGUGUUUACUUUUGCAUUUUUGGAGUAAUGUUUUGAUUAAAGCACUGAAGUGUCUCUUGUGUGUUUAAGAAAAAUGUAGAGUCUGUCAAUAUUGCUGAAGGUAUUUUGAGCUUCCAUUUCAUUUAGAGUGCAUAGCCUAUAUGUGGAGAGCAUUUCUUGCCUUUUUAGAAGGAUAAUACUUACAUUUUUAUGUAUAUUGAAUAGUUAUUUAAAUGUUAUACUGCACCUUGUCUUUGCCUUGUCCUUUUUUGUGCUAUAUGCCGAGAAGCUCCGAGAAUUGCUAAAAUUGCUAACUACACGUUUUAAUUUUAGGCUGCUUUAUUUCACAAGUUUUGUUUUUGUUGACUAGCAGUUCAAAAGACCUUGUUUGGCCCAGGCACCUUCCAGUCUCUUCUCUGGGCUGCCCUACCCCCUUUUUCAGUAAUGUUCUUCCUCUUCAACAGCUACCAAGAACAACCUUCAGCAGCUUUUCCCAGCAGUCAGAGUGUUCACUCUGUUUUUCCUGCUCCCAUGAAUAUCUGUGCUCAAGCAAAGCUGUACUGCUGCCCUUCAUUCCAGAGAGCAUGAAUCAUCUCAACUUUGUAUAUUUCUGUACCUAUCUAUAUAAAGCGAAUAAGGAUGGGGUGGUUCCAGUUUUGUUAGGCUUCGAGCCAAUUCCAGAGUAUGUAAAGUUUAAUAUUCUAUGGAUUGCACGCAAAGCAAGGGUUUUGUUUAAUAAGAGAAGGCACAGGGUCAGUUCUUCCCCAUGUCUCUUGUCCCCUGGUCUAAUUUCUCUUCACAUUAAUUGUGCUAACUUAUUUUCAGCAAGGAAAGCAUGAGUUGGCCUAUGAAAAAAAUAACUGUCUUGUCCCUGCUUUUCUUCAGUCUCCUGUUAGGGAAACACUUUUAGAGUGGUGAUGGAAUAUCCUUGUUGUGCCUGAUACCACUGUACCACAGCAUCUUCUCUGCUAAAACCUGGAGGGAAGAGCUCCCACUUCUGCAGCUGUGAGGCACGUUCUCCUGGGUUUCACUAGCUGAGCUGGAAGCUGCUUCCUAGUGAAGAUAGGGCUUUUUUGUCUGAUUUGUUUUAAAGAGAGAAAUUAAUUGUUUGGAGGCCAUAGAAGUUUUUUGACUAUCUGAUGCUUCCAGAAGAAGGUGGUCUGUAGAGCUGCAUCUGUUCGGAGCUGGCUCAGUAGCGGUCUCUGGGGAGGAAGGCAGAAGUCAUCUGGCACAAAACACUCUGCACAACUGAAAAUGACAAGCUUCUCAUUCUUAUGAAAUGAGUCCUGGCACAGUUAAUAUACACACAGAGCAGUCAUCAGUGUUGUUCACUUCCAAUCCCUGCAAAUUGCUCAAUGAUUUCUUCAAGACUUGCUGAGGUAAGGAGUGAGAGGGCCAGGAGAAGGCUUGAGGUAGUGGAGACUCAGGAUCAUGUUACACAGAUUGGGUCCUUGGGCUAAAUAAGAUGUUAAACUCGGGAGUCUAAGACCUCAGACACUGGAGACUGAACAAGUUCUUGAUUAACAGAUGGUGGAAGACUAUACAUUUCAUUUACUGCUGUGCUUAAGCAGUGGCUUCUAACCUCUUGCAGCAUGUAAACCUCCAGUGUUUCACCUCUGUAAGUGAUCUAGCAGAUAAGGGCUUUUUCUUAAUCAUUCUUCUUCGGACUUUUAGCAAUGGCUGAUACUUCUUAGACACAGCAUUGUUUUCAAAUGCAUCUUUUCAAUUGCUUUUCUGUCUUAAGGGACAUGUUAAAAAUGAAACUCCAGUCAAACUGAAUACCUUCAGCACGAAAGAUCCUUGUGUUUGUGUAAUGCACCAUCCCGUGAGCAUUACUACUUACUUUUGUUAAAUCCAUGUGUUAAACCUGUUGGAUACAAAAUUGUUAAAUGAAUUAGAGUACUUUCAUCAAGCUUUUGGGUGUGAACUCAUGAGCACAAGCAGUUUCCAAGAGGUACUUUGGAAGGUUAUUUUA